AUGAAUGCCCUGGAUGAUGUCCCCUUCAAGGUGCCUAAGGGCUUUGUGAUAGCCACAGAGCCCCUCCCUGGGCCAGAUCUCAGUGUUCCAGACUGCAGGGAACUUCUGCUGGGCUCUAUGCACGACUUCAGCCUGGAGAGAAGGACGCUCUUCUGGGUGGAGGCUGUCAUCCGGGGACCCUGCCCAGGCCAAUGCGAUGCUCCAGGGGCAGCUUCCGCCCCUCCGGCCUGGCUCUUGCUGGCCAGCCCCGAGCAAGGGCUGGAACCCGUGCCUGCCGCAGUUGAAGAUCCGGAGGCCGGAUCCCAGGAGCAGCCUGAGGAGAAGGAGGAAGAGGAGGAGGAGGAGGAGGACCAGGAUGAGGAAGCAGCCUCCUCUGCCAUGGAGGAAGACCCGGAGCCCUGCAGCCCGCAGCCCAGCUCCGCGGCGAGCCCCCGCCUGGGCCAACACCGGUGCUCGCUGGACAUGCUGCGCGGCAUGAGGUCGGAGCUGGCUGGGGCUAGGCGGCGGCUCUCCGAGGGCAAGCUUGCCUCCCACCCCCGCAGCCUGCUGCACCGCCUCCGCCACCGAGCUCUGAGCCUCUGCCCUGCGCCGCCCCUGGGCCCAGCGCCUCCACCCCGCAGUGCUCCCACGCAGAACCCGCAGUCCCCUACGUCGCUCCCCAGCACCCUCACGCUGCCCCCGCGGCCUUCCACGGCCGGCGCCAUGCCCCCGCUGCGGAGCCACAAGCCCACAGUUGCGUCCCUCAGCCCGUACACCUGCCUGCCACCUGCUGGACAGGCGCCCCAGCCUCGUGCUGCCCACAGAUCGCAACCUGAUUCUGCUGACUUGCUGUCUGCCCUGAGCCAGGAAGAGCAAGACCUCAUCGGGCCAGUGGUUGCCCUGGGGUACCCCCUGCACAGGGCCAUCGUGGCUCUGCAGAAGACGGGGCGGCAGAGCCUGAGCCAGUUUCUCAGCUACCUUAGCGCCUGUGACCGGCUGCUGCGACAGGGCUACGAGGAGGGGCUGGUGGAUGAGGCCAUGGAGAUGUUCCAGUUCUCCGAGAGCCAGGCAGGGGAGUUCCUGCGCCUCUCGGAGCAGUUCAGCGACAUGGGCUUCCAGCAGGACCGCAUCAAGGAAGUGCUGCUGGUCCAUGGCAACCGCCGCGAGCAAGCCCUGGAGGAGCUGGUGGCCUGUGCCCAGUGA